UGAAUGGAGAGGCAGGCGCUGCAGCGGGCCAAGGAGGCCUUCCUGAGUGGCAGGACCCGGCCUGUGGAGUUCAGACUGCAGCAGCUCCAUGCCCUGCAGAGGAUGAUCACUGAGAAAGAGACCGAGAUCUCCACUGCUCUCAAACAGGACAUCAACAGGAGCCAGUAUGACACACCGCUCCUGGAGCUGAUUGGCAUUGAAAAUGAGAUAAAGCUGGCUAUAGAGAAGCUGGCAGAGUGGGCGGCUCCUCGGCCAGUGGAGAAGAACCUCCUCACCAUAUCAGAUGAGGUUUAUAUCCAGCCAGAGCCCCUGGGAGUGGUUCUCAUCAUAGGGGCCUGGAACUACCCCUGGGCCCUCACCCUCCUGCCCCUGGUUGGAGCUAUCGCUGCUGGCAACGCAGCUGUGGUGAAACCGUCCGAGCUCAGCGAGUACUCGUCCCUCCUCCUCCGGGCUCUGCUGCCUCGCUAUCUGGACAAGGAGCUGUACCCAGUAGUGACAGGCGGAGUGUCAGAGACCCAGGAGCUCCUGAAGCUCAGAUUUGAUCAUGUCUUCUACACGGGCGGCAGCACAGUGGGCAAACUGGUGAUGGAAGCUGCAGCUCGCCAUCUCACCCCAGUGACCCUGGAGCUGGGAGGGAAGAGCCCCUGCUACAUCGACAAAGACUGUGACGUCAGAAUCGCCUGCCGUCGUAUCACGUGGGGAAAGUUCGUCAACUGCGGCCAGACGUGCAUCGCUCCAGACUACAUCCUGUGUGAGCCCUGCAUCCAGGGCCGAGUGGUGGAAUGCAUCCGACAAACUCUACUGGAAUUUUAUGGCGCCGAUCCCAAAUGCUCGCCAGACUACGGCCGAAUCAUCAACCAGCGUCACUUUAGCAGAGUCAUGGGUCUGAUGGAGGGGUACACUCCUGUGGUGGGUGGACAGAGUGACGCCUCGCAGCGCUAUAUUGCCCCAACAGUGCUGAAGGACGUGCCCCCUCACUCCAGGCUGAUGCAGGAGGAGAUCUUCGGCCCCCUGCUGCCCAUCGUGACCGUUAGUGACAUGGACGAUGCCAUCCGCUUCAUCAACGAGAGAGAGAAACCUCUGGCCCUCUAUAUCUUCUGCUCUGAUAAAAAGGCAGUAAAAAGGAUGAUUGAGGAGACCUCGAGUGGAGGAGUGACGGUCAAUGACGUUAUGAUGCACUACACACUUAGCUCACUCCCGUUUGGUGGUGUUGGUCAGAGUGGUAUGGGCCACUACCAUGGGAAACACACUUUUGACCAGCUGAGCCACCAGAGGGCGUGUCUGGUCCGCUCUUUGGGCAUGGAGCGUGUCAACCUUGCCCGAUACCCUCCACAGGACCGCCGCCGGGCUCGCAGGGCACGUAUGGCUCUCAAGUCACCACUCAUUGACACGUCCAAGAGGACAUUCAUCUGGGCCGUCGCUGCCACUGUCAUUGGCUUCGGGCUGUUUGUCACCCUGCUGGUCAUCCUGCUCAUAGCUUCAGGCCUCAACUGCACCUGCUGGUACUGGAGAGGCUUUUAUAACUAGAGACACUGCAGGUUCUAAAAAGUGCCUGCUGUUAAGAACACACCUGAGCACACUUUGACUCCUGUUUUAUAUUCAGAUAUUUUACAGAAAAUAUGAUAACCAUUUGAUCUAACUUGUAUUUGCUGUGUGUCUAUUUUGUAUCAGAUGUCCCUCAGCGACGAGACAAACAAGGUUAAACACUAACCAAACACACACCGGAGUGCUGUCCUGCGUUCUUCAUUAUUGAAGGUUAACAUUCACUAUCUGAGAAAAUAUCAGUGUAAAUACAAAUUUGAUGAUGAACUGAAAACCCAGUGUUCCACAGAUACAACAUGUGUGUAUUUUGCUAGAGUUUUUCCAGAAUAAAAAAAUUGAUGUAUUGUCAUCUUCUAUUUUUAUGUUUCGCCAUUUAUAAUUUUUAAGCUGUACUUCACUUCUAGGGGAUCACAAGCCAAAAAGGUUGGAAACCACUGGUUUAAUCUAAAACAAUGGGCCUAUUGUAAGCGAUAUACAAACACAUUUUUUCUUAUUUUUGCUCUUCUCUUAGGUCAGAGAACAUGUUACGAGUGGUUGAGAGCACUCUUACCAAGAUAAGAACAAAACACUCAGUCUGCAGAUUGUUUGCCCAACACAAAGAAAAAUAGGUUUUAAAUGCUGAAGUUAAGAUAUUUUUACCUAUGCUACAUAUGCUAAUAACAUUAUCCACAGACCUCCAAUUUAAGUUCCAGUGGGAUUCAUCAUUCAGCACACCUUGGAGCAGAUUGGAGGGUUAAGAACAUUUUGUGCAUCUGGAGCUGACUUGCUGCAUGAGGCCCAAUUUUAUAAGCUCAUCAGAUAUUUUUAUGUCAACAUUUCUAUGGUACACUGGUGUGAACGUUUAGCUGCGCACUUUUUUAUGUGUUUCACCACACUGUGUGGCCCUCA